AUGUUUGACGCCUCUUCGGUACCACGUUGCACGCGAGAAACCGGGGAAGAGAAUGGGACGAGUCUCGCCGUGGAGGAAGGAGCGGCUGAGCGCGGCGUGGCGGCGCAAGAGAGUGCCGCACUUUCGCCAGUUCCCGCCUCUGCGGGGGCGGAGCGUGCAGCGGAGUCGCCCGGCCCCGACGAAGAGCGAGUGCGUGCGUCCGAGAUGGAGAGAAGAGCGGACGCGAAGGACGAACUAAAGCGGCGAGAAGAAGAAGAACUCGACGUCGUCAUGGAAGAAGGCCUCGACGAGGUGGCGAGACUCUCAGAAAACUGCAGACUCGAAGAGAGCGAAGGAGAAGGACAGGCACAACCCUUGCCGCGCGUGUAUCCUGGUCUCCGCCCCGCUUCGGAGAGUGACGCCGCACACUUUCUCCCUCCUUCUGGGACGAGUCUUUCCCCUCAGGCUUCUCAGAGCUCCGCUUCUUCGCCGUCUCCCUUUUCCAUGCGUGCGUCGCCCGCGGAGUCUUUCGUGUCUAAAGGGACCCGCUGUAGCGAAGCGUCUCCCAUGCGUGUCGACGCAAGCACCGCUUCUCCCUCUUCGUUCUCCUCGAUGUCUUGUGCGACUUCUUCCUUGUCGUUUGCCUCUCUGUUUCCUCCGUCUUCUCCCGCGAAUCAGCCAGAGACGGCAGGCCUGCGCGAAGCAAAGGACGCGCCGGCAGAGUCGCCCUCGUCAGCCUCUGGACAGGCGAGACAGCUCACCGAGGACGAGAGAGCCGAGGGCGAGGCGCAGCGAAGACGCGCCGAGAUGAAGGAAGAGGCGCCGUCGACCUUGGACUUUGAGCCUGUCGAAAGACGCGGCGCGAGCAAAGAGAGAGACCGAGCACCCGCGGGGGCUUCCGCGCCGCUGUGCGUGCUGGAAAACGAAGAUGUGGACCUUCUUGGUCAGGAGAAAGGCCCGACAGUUUCCCUGGAAGGUUCGGACGGUCUUCUCCAGGAACGUCCGCGAGAAAGCGAGAGAACCGAGACUGAAGCGAGAGAGCCGGGGAUCUUCGCGGAGGCGGCAGCGUCCCUGGAGGGAGGUGACCGAGCCACGCAGCAGCCCGCGGCGCUCUCUGGAGAGUCUGAGAGCGAGAUCAGUCCUCCGCGAGUUUCCCGGCCACAGGGCGGCCCUCGGAGACGGCAGAAAUGGCCGCAAAGCCGCCACGAAGGCCAAGAAAGGCAAGAGGAGCAAGAAGGGAAAGAAGGGAAGGGAGGGUCGGACCGCGAGGAAGAUCUGCAGGCGGAGGAACCGCGGAGACAGGAAGAAGACGAAGCCGAGUUGCUCAAGUACCACAGCGAUGUGCCUCAGGACGUGCUGCUCGGCCGGAGCAGCAAGGCAGCGACGAACUACAUCCACUUGAAAGGCCUCGUUUAUCUCCACUUUCUCGUCUACUUGGAUCGUGGCUUCGUUCGGCCGAGCGCCCCGGAGGAGGGCCGAGAGGACGAAGAUUUCUCCCCGCCUCAUCCAAGCCUCUCGGCGGACUCUCCGUUCCUCUUUGAUCUCUCUGACCCGAUGCGCGCUUCUUUCUCCACUGUCUCGCUCCUCGACCUCUUCAAUUCCAUGCUUGCACGGUACGGCGCAGCUGCAGUGGAGAGUGUGUGUGCCUUCUUGAGUUGCGACUCCGAGUUCCUUCACUACAUUCGCUUCCACUUUCUCCGCGACUGUCUCCAAGCCGCGCAGGAGGAAGAAGACGAGCGGCGGCGCCGCGAGAACGGGCGCGUGAGCGAAGAGAGCUCAGAGAGCGAAGACGAAGGGCGGCGUAGAAACGAGAAGCGUCGGCGGUCGUCCUCGGCGAUGGGCUCUCGCGACGGCGAGAAGCUUCCUCUCGUCUCCUCCUCCUCUUCUCUCUCGUCUGACGAAGACCGCCCAUGUCGCCCCACAGCCGUGCCUUUCUCGUCCUUCCCGCCCGUUCACUCGCCGCUCUUCCCUUCGUGUGGGGCGUUGCGCACGCGGAAACGGAGACCUCGGCGUCUCGCCUGUCCCCUCCACGAAAUGGAUCCUUUCAGGUGCUGCUGUCGCGCCGUCUCGGGAUCCGACGAAGAGGCGCGCCACGCGUCAACGCGUGGGGGUCCGCGUCUCCGCGCGUCCUCCCGGGACGAGACUUCGGAGGACGAAGACGCGCAGUCUCUCUUCAACUGCAAACAGGUGAAUCUCCCGCCCCCGCUCCCCGCAGUGUUUCGGCGUUACGUCCCCCCCCAGUGCUUUCCGGCCUUCUCCGGUUCCUGCCGAGAGAAGAAGAAGCAGAGACCGCCAACGAUGGCUCUGAGCUUCGCCACGCGAGAUCUCUUGCGGCGCUCCUACACGGUGUACGACUUCUUCGUCACGACGUUUUCGGAGGGGCUCCCCGCGUUCUUCCGCAACGACUGUCCUCUCUCGUGCAUUCCUUCGUCUUCCUUCCACGACUGGUGCUAUCGUCGGCCGCGGCCGUCUCUCACGCCGACGCUCCUGUCGACCUUCGUUCCGAGUCCCUUCUCGCCGACUCGCGACCGCUUCGGAGCGGGAUCCGAGCGGGACGAAGCCGGGACGUACCUUGCGCAACAGACCUCCUUCGAAGGCGGAUGCAUGGUGAACGCGAUGCUGCCGGGCGAGACGCCAGCGUCGGUCCUCUUUUGCCACCUUCUGGAUUCGUUUUCGGGGCUCGCAGCCGCCGAGCUCUGUCGAGGCUUGCAUCCGGCAUCCGCCUCGGCGGCCACGAAUGUUUACCACGUCGUGAAGGUACUCGAGUUGUUUCUUUUCGCGCGCUCGGGGUCGCUCGACCGCCUGCCGCCCCACAUCACCUGCGACGUCCCGCGACGCUGGCGCAGCCUCUUGGCAUUCGCGAGUGGAGACGGGGACGACUUGGGGGAGAAGAACGGGGGCGAGUCGGGCGAGAGGUGGGCGGCGAACGCCGGCGCCGAGCACCACGCGAACGACCGGAGAGAGGACUCAGCAGAGGACCGGCGCGCGACAACAGCGGCGCAAGAAUGCGCAGAAGGCGACGGCGAAGUCGACGAAGACAUGGAUCGCGACGUCGAGGAACCGGACAGAGAGAGCGACCAGGCAGAGAGAGAACAGGCCGCCGGGGAGGAACGCGGGGAGAGAGAAGAGAAAAAAGAACGAGAGGCGAGAACAGACUGUGGGGAGGAGACGGAGGAGAAGAAGGAAGCAGCUUGGGAGGGACACACAGAGGCCGUUUCCGAAGGUCGGAUGCCAGAGGAGGAACAAACCGCAAGAGAGGCAACGGACGCCGCGGUCGCAGUGGAUGGGCGCAGACUCCCACGCGACGGAGUCGAUGGCCGCGGCCCAGAAGACACGCGCGAGGGAGGCAAAGAAGAAGAGCCUCCACGCAUCUCGCUGCCCCACGUGAUGGCCCACCUUCUCUUCACUCUCCAUCACCCCGCUAGUCAAGAACUCCUCCUUCGACUCCUCGUGACGUUCCACGUGGCUCAGCAGUCGACGGGUGUGGAGAUGCGAUGGAAGUGGACAGGGACUCCACCGUUUGACAAGAAUAGCGCCUUUUUCUCUUUCGUUCGCAACGCGACGAAGCGGCCAGGGCGGGAGGAAGAAAGCGAAGGACGGAAGAAAGACGAUGGCAGAGACGACGCUGCGGCGCUCUUUGAUGAGCGCUGUCUUACCUAUGGGUGCAACAGCGCGAGCGGGAGUUCCAUUUCCGCGGCCUGCUUCCAAGUGCUUGUAUCUUCGCUCAGCUGGUCAACUCUUCUCUCGACGUCGCUCCGCGAGUCUUCGUGGCGCAUGCGGAUGAACACGCUGCUGCAUGCAGAGGACUUGAUGAGCAUGGAGAGGACAUGGGUGCGGCGCCAGCGAGUCAGCAGAGGCCAGAGGACGCCGGCCGGCUUCGGCGCUUCGAGGAAAUGGUCACCUUCCUUCGCUCCUUCGUUUCUUCGGUAUCGCUCCCCGCCCCGCGUCGGCGUCACUUCGCCUCCCUCGACGGCGUCGUCCUCGCCCUUCUUCUCGCCUUCACCGCAUGGGAAACGCUCAUGUGAAGACCGAAACAAAGACGAAAAAGAGACGCCCAGUGGUCGCCCCGCAGUCCCUUCGUUCUCUUCCUCUCCUUCCUCUUCCUCUCCUUCCUCUUCGUCCUUCUCUUCCUCUUCUUCCUUCUCUUCCUCUUCUUCCUUCUCUUCCUCUUCUUCCUCUUCCUUCUCUUCUUCGUCCGUCUCUUCUGUCUCCUCUUCCUCUUCGUCAUCGCCCUCUUCGCCUCCAGUGCGGCGGGGCGGCUCGAGCUCGCGCCGCGCCGCGUCGGAGGCUGGGCCGUGCACGUGUGUCUCCGCGUUCUCUGCGUUUCGGCCGCGCGGCGCAAAGAGUUGCUGUCGCCGUUGCGGUGUUUUCUUCGACGGGGCGUCCUGUGGGUGGAGCUGCGCGGCGGGGCCGCGCAGAUCGCGGGCGGGGCGCAGGGCGGCACUGUCAGACAGGCGCGUCUCCAAAAAAGAUCGAGCGACUCGCGAGGGGAGAGCGAAGAGUCUCCGACCGUGCUCUGCCCGGUCCGACUCCGACGCCGCUCUCUUGCCGCCCACUGCGCCGUGCGGGGUUUCUCGCUCUGCGUCGUCGACGGCAUGCAGAGAUGCGCGUGACGGCGCGACCGCGAGGACAGAGAGCGCCCUGGACAACGCCGACGAGGGCGCUGCGCAAAGCGAGAGUUUGCCGUCUUCUGCAUGCGGCCUGCAAGACGCUGGAGACGCCGCGGAAGAGGCGAGCCAGCAAGUCGCGGAGGGAAGCCAACCUGCAAGACGCAGCGCGCGUCGCGAGCCUUCCCGCGCAUCUGCGUUGCUCGGGUGGCGUGUGUACCGCUGUGGGACUGGGGACGCGCGUCGGCGCCUCCUCACGCUUCUGCUGUUCGCGGGAAAACAGUUCAAGGAAAACCGGGCCGUCUCGCCUUCCAGACGGGGAUCCCUCCCAAGCGCGCGCCUCGCUCCACACCGAUCCGAAGGCUUUCUCAGUCGACGGGAAGAGGCGCAUGCAGAGCGCGACCCGCGAGGAGACCGGUGCACUGGCCUGGCGAGCGACAGGCCGAAAGAGGUUGUGGAGCGACUGGAGGACGAAGAUUUCCUCACCGCCUCCUCGCUGCACUUCCCAGAGUGGCUGUGGGGAGGCGAGGCGAGUCCGCGCAGGGACGCGCAGGACGCGGCGUCGCCCCUGGGCUCCUGUCGACUCGUCGGGCAACACGCGAGCAGACGACGCGGAAAACGCGGAGGAAGUGCAGGGUGCGGAUACACCGAAGGCAACACCAGUCGAGGCACAGACGACGGCGGAACAAGACGGGUCAGCUUCCCGCGAAAGCUGCAUCGCCGCCUGUCCCCAGAGCCGCAUGCGGUUGAGAGCGAGGCCUUCGUGCCAAGUUCUUCGCGCGUGUCGCUGCCUGCCGAGGCGACUCCUCCUCGGCCAGGCCCCGUCGCUGCUGCGGGUUUCGGACCGCGCGAAGUGUCUCUUCGCCACCCCCCUGCUCAACUGUCUCCGCUCUCGUCCUUCUCGUCCAUGUCUUCCGAGUCUUCGUCUUCUCUCCCCACAGACAACUCGGCGCUUCCAGAGUCUCAGGACGCGCACGCAGACUCGAGGCCUUACGCAGCGUUUGUGACUCCGCCUCCGGAGUCUGCCGCGAGUCUCCCGGCGUCCAGGAAGGAACCUCUGUUUUCCUCCGUGCUGUCCCUCUCCUUGUCAGACGUGCCGUCGCAAGGUGCGGCUUUGUCUCACCGUUCUGCGCUGUCUUCCGCCUCUGCGUCUUUUCCGGUUCUCCCUUCGGUCUCGUCGCCGUCGCGGGGGAAGCCUGGAGCGCCUGCGGCGCUCGCGCCGUCUUCGUCUUUCCCGCCGCCCACGCUGCAUGUGCAGCAUUUCCCCGAGACUCCGAGUCCCCGGCCUCGCGCAGAGCGGAAACACCCAAAGAUCCACGUUCUGCAAUCGACUGGUUGUCAGUAUCGCCAGCGCGCGCACUCUCUCGCCGCCUUGGCCGCGCGCGGCUUCUUCCUCUUUGGGGCCUUGUGCGUGACGCCGCAGCAAGUCCAGCACAGACAGGCCGUGCACCACCUACACAUGCAGUUCCCUUUUCUGUUCUUGUCGGACGACGAGGGCGAACGGAGACCGCGGAAGUGGCCGCCGCCCGAAAGCGGCGAGGCGCUGCGUGGAGGCGAAUCCGCAGCGGGCGAGGGAGGGCGAGCGCGCGGCGAGAACAAGCCUGGGAGAGCAGGCGAGGGGACAAAGAGAAGACUCGAUGGACUGGAGUCAGUUCCGGUGCACGACGAGAAGAGGGAUGCCAAGUUGCCUCUGCACUUUCAGUUGUGGCGGGAGUUUGCAGGGAGACGCCGAAAAGGGGAGAGAAGACGGCGCGAACGCAUGCGGAGAGAAGACGCGCGCUGUCGCGAAGAAGAACGCAGAAAACGGUCGUGGAAGAAAACCAAGAGGGAAGACCGAAACGCGAAAGAUCUCGGGAAGCACGCAGCUCUGUCGACGCACGCGGCUUCCUCGCGUGGUUUCCCAGACGAAGGGGAAGACGGGAGCGACGAAGGGACUGCCGAGGGAGAGGAAAGCAGGUUGACUGCAGCCGGGUUUGAGACCUCGCUCUCGGACUCGUCCCUCGACGAGGCUGUGCAUGCGCGACUUGCCUGUGCGUCCUCCGCUUCUUUGUCCGAGAGGAAGGACGCGAGACAACCUCAUCCUCUCGUCUUCUUCGGUCUCCACGAGGGCCUUGAUGUUCUGCUCCAACGCAUCUUGGAGGGAAGCUACAAACACCCAAACUGCCGACCGCCAGGCUGCAGUUGGCUACAACAGAAGCUGCAGGACCGCGUGUUGGGAAUGGAGGAAGUGUACAACGACGUGGAGUUGAGCAUGGAUUUGCAGAAACGCCUGCUCGAAGUCACCUUCCUUCACUCACAGGUCAUCCCUCUCCUCUUUCGCGCGAUUCUGCUCGGCCGCUCCAGAGAAAGCGGCGUCUCACUCCUCUCCGCAAUCCUCUACCACGCCCAUCCCGGGCGCGUCCUCACCGUCUUCCGAGAAGACGUCGCUGCGGCGUGUCUCCCCUGGAUUUCUCGACUCGGCGAUCUCCUUUACGUCUCGAUUUCCAGGCAAGACGCGCUUCCACCGCCGCGAACCAUGUCGCGAGGCGUUCACGCUUCCGCGUUCGGGAAGUCGACUUGUUCGCGGCGCCUGGGGUAUCGCGUAGUCGAACUGCUGGAGCUUUUCAGAAGCGUCGUCGAACUCAGCCCCGCUGCCACUCUGCCUUUGGUCCCCGUCAAAUUGUGGAAACGCCUCACCGACUGCUUCUUCCUCUUCACCAAAAACACGAUCUUCAUGAGCAAAUGCCUGCCGAUCUUCAAAAAGGUAGCCGACCAUGGCUGUAACGAGCUGCAGCGGCUGGUGUUUGUUCAGUACCGGUUGCUCGAGCGUUUGGACGCGGCCGUGUCCAGUUUUCGGCGACGCCUGCAUAAGAAGGCAAACACCAAGGAGGGUUUGGGAGCAAUCAUGGAUCUCCUUGUUCACUUGAAUCACUUUUACCGCACGUCGACGGAAGGUCUCGGAUUUCCAGACGAUCUCCCUGCGUUGUCUUCCUCGUCUUCGUCCUCGGUGCCGUCGACGCCGACGCCGACGCACCACACGAGCUUGGCUCUCUCUCCGGGCGGUCGCGUGUUGCAUGCGUCGUCCUUCUCUGCUCUGCCUCUGCUGUCUUCUCCGUCGCCGGCGUUCGUCUCGCCUUCGGCGUCGCCGUGUCCCCUCGCGCCGCCUUCACCCUCCGCAUGUCUCUCGCCGUCCUUUAUAUGCGCCUCGUAUCCGCCUCAGCCGGUCCUCGCCCUCGAUCCGGUGCCGCCGACGAUGGACGAUCCGGUGGUGCUGUCUCCGCCGGCGCCGAUGAUGCGCGUCGCGGCUGCGGCGAACUUUGCGCCUUCGCCGCUCCCAGGGAGUCCACGAAACGUGUCUUUGGGUGUGGAGGGGAAGGCGUCGCUCGACGGCGCGGAACGAGGCAUCCCCUCGCAGCCGCUGUCUCCGUCGGUCUCCGCGGCCGGCGAGAGACUCGAGGCUCUCGGCGCGUGCGGAGACGCGGAGACGCUCCCGACUGCCGAUGGGGUGUCUCGUUCCGCGACUCAAGGCGGCGACAGCUCGAGGUUCUCUCUUCCGUUCUCGUCUCUGCCUUCGCCGCUCCAGUCCUUCGCUUCUCGGAGUGUUGCGAGCGCGGGACUCGGCCCCAGCUGGACCGGUCCACGCGGGACGCCUUCUGCGGUCUCGGCCUUCUUCGCGCCGUCCUCCUCGCUCUCGUCCGUCCUCUCUAGCUUUUCCAAUCAAGGCCUCGUCUCCCUCUGCUCCUGCAACACUUGCAGAGAAGCCGCCGGCGCGACGCUGGGCAUGGCGAUUCCCCCAGUGCCCCACGUGCAUUGCAGUAGCUGUAGCAGCUGUCAGCACAGCGGGAAGGGCAGACGCGCGCUGGCCGAGCUGCUGAGUGAAAGUGCACGAGCGCGACAGACAGAAGACUCGCAAAGCGGGAGGAAUGCAGAGAACGCGGAGAGCAAACGCGUAGCCAAAGGAGAGAAAGACGAGAAGGGAGGAGAGCGCAACGAGGCGGAAGGAGAGAGAAGUGACGAGCUAGCAGGAGCGAGAAAUGAAGAGAUGCGAGGACAGAGCGGCGGACGUCUAGAGUCUCUGCGAUUCGUGGAUGGCCAACGCGAAAGAGAGGAAGAAGAAGAGAGCGAAGAAGGGAGGGUGCCGUCUUUCCCGAGUGGUGUACAGACACCUCAUGGCCCCACGUCGCGUCCGGCGUCGGGCCCCGAGGGCGCUUGUCUCUUUCCAAAUCGUGUCUCUGAGAGCGCUCUGGGCACCCUCAGCUCCGCGGCUUCGCUCGCCUCGCGUCUCGAGCCUGCACUCGACGGCGAGGACGGGACGCGCGGGAGAGGCGCCGAGACUUGCGAGGACGAUCUGCGUGAACUGCUCGAGAGAGAGGGGAAGAAGUGUGGGGUCGCUUUCGGACCGAGGGAUCUGAGUCCAGCUUCUGUGUCGCCUUUCUUCGCCUCUCCGGUGGCAAGCCUGUCGCCUUCUGCCGAUCGCUCGCCGACGAAAGCCGGCGGGCGACGGCGAGACAGGAACGCCGAGAACAGGGACAGUCGUGAGUCUGUUGCAUCGCCCUUCUCGAGUGUUCCGCCGGAAUCGUGCUUUUUCUCUCCUGCCGCCUCGAGGCGCGAAGACACCUCUGGCGAGGCAGCCGGAAGCCCCGAGUCAGGUGGGUCCAUGCAAGUCUCUCCAGAGGCGCUGCACGUCCGCGAGACGGGAUCCGCGCACGCAACGCGUUCCUCGCGGCCUCUCUCUCCGUCCCGUCGAGCAGCGGCGCCUUCGUCUGAGGAAAACUCGUCCUUCUCGCCCUCGCGCGCCCUCUUUGCGUCGCCCCUGUCUGCUGCCUUCCUGACGCCGAAACCCGGAACGGAUGCAUGCGCCUCGCUGCCUUCUCUGGAGUCGCCUCGCGCGCGCCCCGCGCCGCGGGAGCAGAGCGCGAGGGACGACGAAGCCUCUCCCUUCUUUGCCUCUCCCGUCGACUUUCUCUCGCCACUCUCCUCGCCGCAAUCGCGCAGCGACAGAAAUCGCGACGCUGCGCCGCUGGGAGCGGCCUGCGAGCCGUCCGAGCCCGACGGGAAUUCCGCGGCGAGAGAAGAAAAGGGAAAAGAACGAGGUGAAGACGGAAGAGAAGAACCAGGAGAAGAAAACGGAGAACACGACGCAGAACAAGGAGAAAGAGCAGGGGAGAAGGAAGUGUGCAUGGGGGAAGAAGAGCGGGACGCCAAAGACAGAGACAGGAGAGAGAAUAACGCAGAUGUUUCGGGUGGAGAGAGUAACGCGGCGGUGGCGCAGAAGGGCGAACUCGACGAACUGGAGGGACUUGCGAGAGAAGAGAUCAACAGUGAAGCCUCCACUCUAGUCUCCUCGCUGCUCGCGCAGGCAGUCGCCGCCGCGGUCUUUGGUGCUCUGCCCGCAAAAACGUCAGAGGGAAAGCGAACUCCCCAGGACGGAGAAGGCGAACCCGACGAGCGAAACGCGCGAGAACAGACAGACGAACGAUCCACGCAUGAAGAAGCGGAACGUGAAGAUACAGCGGCGGGAUCAGCCAGUGCAGAAAAGCGUCGCGCCUGCACAGAGGAGCUGGGCGGAGCGUCACAAGCUGUUGGAGGGCGUUUAUCUGCGGAGGGAGAUGUGCCAGGCGACACCCGUCUUUCGCCUUCCCUCGCGUCUGCGCUCAUCUCUCUCCCCGCCUCGUCUCUGCUGGCUAAGGCGCCCGAGUCUUCCUCUUCCUUUUCUUCGGCUUCUGGAGCCUUCCACCUUCCUCCGUCUGCAUGCAGCCGUCUCCCCGACGCGGCGCGUCAUUCUUCUUCUGAGCUGCACUUGCCUCCUCGUCUUCCUGCUUCCUUCUCUCCCUCUUUUUCGCCCUCGCCGUCUCCCCUGGCGGGCGCGAGCGAGGCUCAGGAGCCUGCGGCGGGGCCUUCGACCGCGGAGACAGGAGACAGUCGCUCGUUGGGCUCCACCUCGGAGCUGGGAGGCGACCCUGGGGGCUCUCUCUUCCCCCUGGCGCUACAGACCGCCUCGUCGGAGGCGUUGGACAGAGGCGGCUUGGCGGCGUCUCUGGAAGGUUCCGGCGGAACUUCGCCCUCGCCGUACUCCUCUCCCUUCUUCCUCCCUCAUGCCUUUGUGCUCUCCCCCUCAGGUGUCUCCUCUCCGAACUCCUUUUCCAAUCUCGGCUGUGUGGUUCCCGUUUCUCAGUCGCGCCUCAGCGGCGCAGGGUGUUUGAGCCGGGAUGGCGCACAAGGAGAAGAUGGGAAAUCCUUCCUCACGCAACUCCUCCUCACUUCGAAAAAAUGGAGACGAAUCAGCAAGUUCGUGAGCCUUCAGACUCGCGGGCCUUGCACAGACAUUUCGAAUCCGUCAAAUUUCAUGCCGGUGGAGGAAGCUCGCCGCGUCAAGGAGGAGCGAAAACGCCAAGAGAAGCUGCGCAUGCACAGCGAAGGACGCCAUCGGAAGUCGCGGUCGGAAAAGAAGCACCGACGCAGAGAGGAACAGAGGCUGUUGUGGCAGGAGCAGCAGCGCGAGAUGCAGGGACAACGAGCAGAACUCGAUUUGUUCAGAGAGGACGUUGAAGAUUUUCAGCACACCAAUCGACACCAUCACCGGCACCACACGCACGGGCACAAGGCAUGA